AGAACUCCCGCGAUCCGCUGUCCUGUUCUUCCGCCCCCUCUUCCCAUACCAAUCAUGUCCAACUUCGGCUUUGCCACUCGCGCUGUCCACGCCGGCCAGGAGGCCGACGGUGUCACCGGUGCCGUGAUCCCCUCUAUCUCCGUGUCCACCACCUUCAAGCAGAACGCCCCGGGCGAGCCGAUCGGCCCGUACGACUAUUCCCGCUCCGGCAACCCCACUCGCAUUGCCUUCGAGCAGGCUGUCGCCUCGCUCGAGGGCGCCAAGCACGGCCUGGCCUUCUCCUCCGGCUCUGCGGCCAUCGCCACCAUCGUCAACAUGUUCUCCCCCGGUGACCACCUCAUCUCCGUGAACGACGUGUACGGCGGCACCAACCGCUACUUCACUCGCGUUGCCAAGCCCCACGGCAUCGAGACCACCUUCGUCGACAUCACCGAGGCCUCGGCUCUGCCCGCCUCGGUCCGCCCCAACACCAAGGUCGUCUGGAUUGAGACUCCCACCAACCCGACCCUGCGUGUGAUCGACAUCGCCGCCGUGGCGGCCCUCGUCCGCGAGCAUGCCCCCCAGGCCAUCCUCGUCAUCGACAACACCUUCCUGUCGCCCUACUUCCAGAACCCGCUGAAGCUCGGUGCCGACAUCGUCCUGCACUCGGUCACCAAGUACCUGAACGGCCAUUCGGACGCCGUCAUGGGCGCCCUGGCCAUGAACGACGAUGCCCUCUUCCAGAAGCUCAAGUUCCUGCAGAACGCCAUCGGUGCCGUCCCCUCGGCCUUCGAUUGCUUCCUGGCCAACCGCGGCCUGAAGACCCUGCACGUGCGCAUGGAGCAGCACCAGAAGAACGCCAUCGCCGUGGCCAACUUCCUGGCCGCCUCGCCCCUGGUCGAUGAGGUCAUCUACCCGGGUCUCGCCUCGCACCCGCAGCACGAGAUCGCCGCUCGCCAGCAGUCCGGCUUCGGUGGCAUGGUCAGCUUCCGCAUCAAGGGCGACCUGGCCACCGCCACUCGCUUCUUCCAGCACACUCGCAUCUUCGCCCUGGCCGAGUCUCUUGGUGGUGUCGAGUCCCUCGCCGAGCUGCCCUCCGUCAUGACCCACGCUGCCCUGACCCCGGAGGAGCGCGCCACCCUCGGCAUCACCGACACCCUCAUCCGCCUGUCUUGCGGCAUUGAGGAUGCCGUGGACCUGGUUGAGGACCUGCGCCACGCUCUCGAGGCUGCCCAGCAGGCUUAAGGGCAUGGGCUUUCCCUUUCCUCCCCCCUCCCCCUCCUCCUCCAUUACACCCUUUCCCUUUCCCUGUGUA